AUGAAGUUUGGGAAAAAAUUUAAGGAUGAAAUGGUGCCUGAGUGGAGUGAGGCUUAUAUGGACUAUGGUGGGCUCAAACACCUUCUGAAAGAUAUAAACCACUUCAAUACUCAUAGAAAAGUAGAUAUUGAGAAUCAAGAAAGUGAAAUUGGGAAAAUCCAACAUAAAAAUUCGAUGAAGUUAUCGAAUGGAAAGUUGUUUAUACCAGCUGAAAUGGGACAAAAUGAGAAGUCAUUUUUCGAAAAAUUGGAUAAUGAGCUUGAGAAAGUUAAUAGAUUUUACAAGGACAUAGUGGAAGAGGCAAAGGGAGAAGCAGAUGAAUUAGCCAAACAAAUGGAGGCUUUGAUUGCUCUUCGAAAAAAAGUAAAAGAAAAAGAUACCAAGGGAGACAAAGCAGCAUCCUCAAAGGUUACUUCUCCAAGCAGGGCGUCGAGUGAAGCUGAGCAAGACCAACUAGACUUCAAAGAAGAAGUGGACAAGUUUGGUGAGAACAUCAUAAAACCAGCUUCUUCUCCAAGCGAAAAUAGAGAUCCUUCGUUAGGUGAACAUGGACGCACUCCCUCAGACGUUCUUGAAUGUGUCAAAAUUCAAAAUACAUCCGACAAUCCAAAAUCAUCGGUAGAAAGACUAUUUCUUGGUAACACAGAGAAAGAAUGUAGCUUCAGUCAAGAAGAGCUAAAGGAGAUUGAAGAAAAGUUGAAAAAGGCCUUUGUUGAGUUCUACCAGAAACUUCGCCGCCUAAAUCAGUACAGUUUUAUGAACCUCUCAGCAUUUUCUGUGAUCCUGGAAAAAUAUGAAAAGAUUACUUCAAGGAAAGUGAUGAGAUCGUACAUGAAAAUCGUGGAUAACUCCUAUAUUGGAAGUUCUGAUGAGGUUACUAGUCUUCUGAACAAGGUAGAAGCAACAAUUGUCAAGCACUUCAAUUCUGAACGGGGGGACGACAUCAAAUUAGUAAGGCAGGAAAGGAAAAGAGAGAAACACAGCAUUUGGUUUCUUUCAGGAUUCUUCUGUGGAUUCUCAGUUGCUCUAAUUAUGGCUAUUGUGUUAAUCAUACAAACAAGAAAGUUAUUGGACAAGGAGGAGGCUACAGUGUAUUUGGAUAGCAUCUUCCCUCUUUACAGUUUCUACGGUUACAUCAUCUUACAUAUGCUUAUUGGUGCUGCAAAUGUAUACUUGUGGAGAUGCUACAGAAUCAACUACUCGUUUAUACUUGGAUUCAAGCCAGGAACCGAAUUAGACCACAAGGAAGUUUUUCUUUUAGCCUCUGGUCUUGCAGUUCUUGUACUCACUGCUUGCCUGGUACAGCUGCAUAUCAGGAUGGACUCGAGGAUCCAAGAGCAUGAGACAUUUGUCGAACUGGUUCCUUUGGGCUUACUCAUUGGCUUAGUUCUCAUAUGUCUGUGUCCUUUUAACAUCAUCUAUCGUUCAAGCCGUUUCUUCCUUAUUCAGAGUCUAUUUCGUAGCAUUUGUGCUCCUUUAUACAAGGUCAAUAUGAUUGAUUUUUUUCUAUCAGACCAGCUAACCAGCCAGACACAAGCGAUAAGAAGUUUCGUAUACUACAUUUGUUAUUAUAGUUGGGGGAAAUCCUCUACAGGACGAAAAAUGUGCCACGUUAGUGAUGUGUAUAUCGUCUUCUAUUACAUUUCAGCUGCAAUUCCUUAUUGGAUUCGCUUCUUCCAGUGUAUGCGACGAUUAAUCGAAGAGAAAGAGAUGAAGCAUGGAUUCAACGGUUUCACCUAUUUCUCAAUGCUACUGUCAGUUGUUUUUCAGUCAACAUUCAGACUACGGAAAAAAACGACUUGGAAAGUGUGGGCUUUGGUUAGCUCAGGCGUGGCAGCUCUGGCAAACAUAUCUUGGGAUAUCAGGAUGGACUGGGGUCUUCUUCAAAUGAAGUCAAGAAACUUUCUUCUGAGAGAUAAGCUCUUACUUCACCAUAGAACUGCAUAUUAUAUAGCUAUGAUUCUUGAGGUUCUCCUGAGAUUUGUAUGGCUGCAAGUAGUAUUGAGUUUUGACAUGCGCCCACUACGUGGUAAAGUCAUAACAAGCACAUUUGCAAGCUUAGAAAUUCUUCGUCGAGGCAUUUGGAACUUCUUUAGAUUGGAGAAUGAACACUUGAACAACGUUGGGGAGUACCGAGCAUUCAAGUCACUCCCACUGCCCUUCAUUACAGACGACGACAAGGUUGGCAAAAAUGAGUAG